UGUCGUUGUCACCAGGCGUCCGCGCUCGUAAUACUUAACUGUUAAUAAAUUAACGUAGGUUUAUCAAUGAGUUAAAAUACUACUUAGUAAUAAAAACUUAUAUUAAUUUUUCAUUUAUUUAAAUAUUACUUAACUACAUAUAUAGAUACAUCCUACCUAUAUUCCUUCCAGCCAAACCCAUAUUUUAAAAUCAACGAAGUACCUAAGCCAAUUACGCUUCCUACGUUCGUUUAAAUUUAAAGCUACACAACAGGUUAUUUUAAAUCUAGACAUAAAUCGUAAUUAGUCGGUGCCUUGCCUAGCCUAGGUCUGGAUCAAUAGCCGGCUCCCGAAUAUCCCGGCAGGGGACCAAGCGCGCAUGCGUGCGCCAUCUUGGAAACACAGGGAACAUAACCAAAAAACCAGGAGCGGUUUUGGUAAAAAUAAAGUAUUGAUACCUAACUGAGAAGGUUGACCAUAUUUUUGGAAAAUAUUUGAAAAAUGAGUCCGGACAGGGAAGCUGAAGCAUCCGAGGAUAUGUUGGAGUCGAUCGACGAGCUGAAGGAGCGCCUCUCGUCCAUGAAGCGCAUGAUGGAGGAGCGCAAGCAGGCCGGCGCCGGUACUAAAGACCUCUUUCAAGGUCACGCCACAAGUCUUCACGGAACGAAUAUGAUAGACGGAAACUUUCUUAGUAUAGUUUUUGGAGGGUCUCUGGUGGUUAUACUGAGUGUGUCAAUAUACGCGUUCUAUAACCUUUACCACGCGGUACUAAAGAAAUUCCCCUCCCAACAUACGGAGCUGUAAAUAAUCUAUUUUACAGUGUACAGUGGAACGCGUGCAGUUUUAUGUGACUCUUACGACCUACACGUUAAGGAUGUAAAUGGGCACCAGCGGUGGCAAAAGAGUCCAUGAAAACCAGAGUUAAUCAACAAUACAUAAUUUAAAUAAGAUUAAUUAUUUAUUUAAAAUUAGCGAAAGGCAUUGAUAUCUAGCCGAGACAAGUCGGUAGGUAGUUAGUAUUAGUUACUCAGUUAUUACUGGAUUUCUUUGAAUAAUCUACAACUUAAACUUGAAUAAGCUGUGCUUACUUAAUCUAUCUACCUUAAAUUAUCUCCUAUUUUUCAAAGUAGAUUACUUAAGUUAUUAAGUACUAACGAAUUACUUAAAUGUAAAAUUAUAGUAAGUAAGUACCUACUUCCUCAGAUAACUUAUUAGAUUUUUCAUCAGAAAUGUAGAAAUAAAAAGUGUUGGGUGAGAAAUGUGUGAAUGAAUGACUAAUUAGUAAUUAGUAGGUAGGUAUAAUACAACAAAUACCUACGAUGGAAUUUUAUCAGUGACCGACUCGACGGAGUUUUACCCAAUAUAAUAAGCAUGUACUUAUUUAUUAAUUUUGAAUUUCGCUAAGUACCUACCAUAUUAUACAUUUUCAACCCAUACGUCUGUAACGUAUCUAAACCGACAUUAAAUGUAACUCUUUCAUCAGAGAUUAUACGAACAAGUUUGAAAAACUACUGCCUGUGUUUUAUUGGUCUCACUAUGUCUUAUUAAAUCCCUACAAAACUUCUUCUCAUAAU